ACGGUACACGUGGCGUUGGCUGAAGCCAUAAAGCACUGUAGCACGGCAAAACCGACCCAAAUUUGCGGGGGCAGAGGCGUACACGGAAAGGAUUUAGAUUGAGCCAAAAGCUAACAUAUUUCUUCUCCAUUUCCUCUCUCCCUUCGUCGUUCGACUCCUUGCUGAAGCUAACUGUCAAUCCCUUCCAGGGUUCCUGCCCGGGAAAUACAGAUACUUGAAGGCUUCGUGGGGUUUAGGGGUCGAAUUUGUUACUUUCUGCUGAAGCUGAGAAAGAUUCUAUUGAAAAAUUAGCAUAAUUAGGGAUUUUUUUGGAAGGGAAAAGCUCUUUUCUGGUUAGAUUUGUGUAAUCCUCUGCUAAUAUCAUUCUGCCAUGGCGAUUGAUUCGAUCGGUGCUUCUACAUCAAUUAUGGGAUGCCGACCAGUCUACCAAAGGGCUUCCUUCAAGAACGGCUCUUGCAAGAGGCGAGUGGAGGUUUGCCCGCUGCUUACGACAAAGCUCAAGGGUCGUCGCCUGUUCUGUUCACAGAAUCUGAGCUUACUGACAAAGCGAACAGGUAGUUUUUUUCAUUCUUCUUCUAUCAAAUGUCUUGCAACGGAGUUGACCAAGGAAGCAAGACCUGGAGAAGAUCGUUCCUUCCAUGGUUUCAAGUACUCUACUGAUAUUAAUCUGAACGCUAGCAGGCUAUGGCCGCCGCCCAACAAGGCCGAUAACCCAUCACUGCACAAUCCAUUGCUCCGGCAAGAGAGAAUGGGAUCUGGAUGGUUAGGUAUAAUCUUUGAGUGGGAAGGCGUUAUUGUGGAAGAUGACCCUUCAUUGGAGAGGCAGGCUUGGCUAGUUCUAGCUGAAGAGGAAGCAAAAUCUCCUCCCCCUGCCUUUCUUCUAACAAGAAUUGAAGGAAUGAAGAACGAACAAGCUCUUUCAGAAGUCCUUUGCUGGUCUCGAGACCCAUCCCAGCUCCGCAGAUUAGCCUCUCGAAAGGAGGAGAUACAACAAAAUCUUCAUGGUGGAUUCCAUCAGAUUCGAUCUGGAUCACAAGAGUUGGUGAGUACACUCAUGAGACAUAGAAUCCCCAUUGCAGUGGCAUCAACGCGCCCCCGAAGAGUCCUCGAGGAAGCCAUGGAGGCUGUUGGUUUGCGAAAUUCGGUGGAUGCGAUCGUGGCGGCAGAGGAUGUGUAUCGAGGAAAGCCAGAUCCUGAGAUGUAUGUGUAUGUUGCGCAGCUCCUGAAUUUUAUACCGGAGCGGUGCAUUGUGGUUGGGAACUCGAAUUCGUCGGUGGAGGCGGCUCAUGAUGCAAGGAUGAAGUGUGUUGCAGUAGCUAGCAAGCAUCCACUGUAUGAGCUUGGAGCUGCAGAUCUUGUGGUGCGUCGGCUCGACGAGCUCUCCAUUGUUGAUUUGAAGAACCUUGCUGCUGUUGAAUCUCCGGAGUUCGAGUCAGGCGAGAUGGAGGUGGAAUUGGAAGAAGAGGACAUGGCUUCUUCUUCUUCUUCAUCUGUUGCGGUUGAUGAUGGCUUCUGGUAAGUUGAAUUAUUACUGUAUAGUUUAGGGUUCAGAUUGGAUGCGAAUUAUAAGCUGUAGCAGUUAGGGACUGGAGAUAUUGUAUAUGGUUACUUAAUUGAAUAUAAAAUGCUAUAAUCAUUGCAAAUCUGUAAAUAUAAACCAAAUGUAGUAAAAUAGAUCACUUAUUAUGUUUUUGGCUGGGUACUACACUUCUAUGAUGGACUGUGCGUUCUAAAUGGAAGUGUGGAUUUAUGUACUGAGAGCUGACAUAUCUAAUAGCUAAAUUUUGAUAGUUAUAUA